UGAAAACAUGUGAUGUAAUGGUUGUGACACUACUCUAGCAUUGCAUUCAUUGGCAGUCAUUCACAACAUUUGUCAUGGAUUUACAAAACAUGGAUUUCUUAAGCAAAUUGGGACACAAUGUCGGCAAUGAAGACAUUGAAGACACCGAUGAGGACGAGGACCAGUUGGACGACGAAUUGAAUGCCAUCUUAAGUGGCAAAACAUAUGUACCGAAGAAUAAACAGACGACCACUUCAUCGGCGGUCAACACUAAACGCGUCAAACAAAUGGAUUCAAAACAGACUAAAAGUUACAACACAUCCAACACUCGCCACAAAUCCUCUCAAAACACCAAUCAAUUGAUCGGUGCCAACGGUUCCAACGAUUUACUAAAUAUUGAUAAAUUGGGAAUUAUUGAAGACUUUGAUGACAACGACUCAGACAUCGAUGAAAAUGACGAACAAUUUUUGUCGGAAAUUAAUUCCAUUGUUUCGGAGGACACGUCUUCGGCAAAGAAUAAAUCGCCGAAUAAAAGUGAAUAUAAAAUUCGACAACCAAUCGAUUCCCGAAUACCAGAAAUAAAUACUAUACGAAUGCAGACAUCAAUUAAUCCACAAAUAGUGGACAAAACACCCAAAACUUAUCCGACAAAUAGUGUCGAAAGUGGUUCAAAAACUGAAGCGAUUGGAAGUGCGAUCAGUGCAGACAUCGCUUCCAACCAAUCGAAACAAACUGACGAUAAAAAUACUGUUUUGAAAUUAAAUACACUUAAAGAUGACUACAAAAGGGCUGCUCUCGUGGCCAAAAAGGCAGGACAAGCGACCACUGCUUUAUCGCACAUUAAAACAGCAAAGCAAAUCGAAGUUCUAAUUAAUGCUGUAGAAGAAGGAAAAGCCGUUGAUUUGUCUCAUUUGCCGCCUCCGCCCACAGCCCUCCCAUCGCCGACCCCUUCAACUGGCACU